AUGCUUGGUGCUCCACCUCCACCUCCGCCACCGCCACCGCCACCGCCUUCAAUUCCUGGGGCUCCUCCGCCUCCACCGCCACCCAUGGCCGGAGCACCACUGCCACCACCUUCAAUUCUUGGCCCUCCUCCUCCUCCGCCGCCACCCAUGGCUGGAGCACCACCGCCACCACCUCCUCCUGGAGGCAGUGUCCGUGGUCCACCUGCACCUCCGGGACCUCCUAGACCCCCAGGAGGUGGACCACCUCCACCUCCUCCAUUCGGCAAGGGACCUACAGCUACAGCACCUCCUGGAAGGGGGCGUGGGCUGGCACGUCCUGGUUUAUCGGCUACAGCACCUCGGAGGUCUACCUUAAAACCCCUUCAUUGGAGCAAGGUGACCAGGGUAGUACAAGGAAGCUUGUGGGAAGAAUUGCAGAGAGUCGGAGAUCCUCAAGUGUCACCACAAUUUGAUGUGUCCGAACUUGAGACCCUUUUCUCUGCCACAGUACCCAAAUCUGAUAUUGCAGGUGGCAAAUCUGGAGAGCGCCGGAAAUCUACUGGAUCUAAGCCUGAUAAAGUCCAUCUGGUUGACCUAAGGAGGGCCAACAAUACUGAAAUUAUGCUCACAAAAGUGAAAAUGCCACUUCCUGACAUGAUGGCUGCAGCACUUGCAAUGGAUGAAUCAAUUUUGGAUGCUGAUCAAGUAGAAAAUCUAAUCAAGUUUUGCCCAACCAAGGAAGAGAUGGACCUUCUUAAGGGCUACACAGGUGACUUGGAGAAUCUGGGAAAGUGCGAACAGUUUUUCCUGGAGCUGAUGAAGGUGCCGCGAGUUGAAGCAAAAUUAAGGGUUUUCUUAUUCAAGAUUCAAUUCAACUUUCAGGUUUCUGAUUUUAAGAAAAGCUUGAACCUAGUAAAUUCUUCUUGUGAAGAGGUCCGGAGAUCCCUCAAACUGAAAGAGAUUAUGAAGGCAAUCUUAUUUCUUGGGAAUACACUGAAUCAUGGAACUGCCAGAGGUUCGGCUCUUGGAUUCAAGCUAGAUAGUCUUUUGAAACUCACAGAUACACGCGCAUCCAACAGCAAGAUGACACUCAUGCAUUACCUUUGUAAGAAGCUAGCGUCAAAGGCACCCGGUCUUUUGGAUUUUCAUCAAGAUCUCGUCAGCUUGGAAGCAGCCUCAAAGAUACAAUUAAAAUCUUUGGCAGAAGAAAUGCAAUCCAUUAUCAAAGGUUUGGAAAAGGUGAAGCUGGAAUUGGAUGCUUCGGAAAACGAUGGUCCUGUAUCUAACACUUUCCGCAAGACAUUGAAUGAAUUUGUUGUUAUUGCUGAGACUGAAGUGUCCUCCGUGACAAGUCUAUAUUCCAUUGCGGGAAAAAAUGCAGAUGCAUUGGCUCUAUAUUUCGGCGAAGACCCUGCCCGAUGCCCGUUCGAGCAAGUUACGCAAACCCUCUUGAACUUCGUGAGAUUGUUCCGGAAAGCUCAUGACGAAAACUGCAAGCAGGCCGAACUAGAAAAGAAGAAAGCUCAGAAGGAGGCCGAAAUGGAGAAUGCAAAAGGGAUUAGCCUGACAAGGAAAGGGGGGAAAACUGAGAGUUGA